GGGUGCUUUGCGUGUGGGAUGGAAAAUGGAUUCCGAGUCUAUAACACCGAUCCACUAAAGGAAAAAGAGAAACAAGGUGAACAAAUCUCAGAUAAAUCGUAAACAAUGAGAAACAUCCUUUUUCUUCCUGCAGUUGUGGUUUUGGUUUUUAUUCAACGUGCAAGUUAUAUUUUCUGAUGCAAGAACUGUUUCUCAUCUGUAAGAGGAAGUCACUGCAUUCUUAAGCUUCCUUAUCAACCCCCUUCCAUUUUGACAACUAAUAUCCUACAUCAGGGAUUUUCAGAAUCUUUUUUUUUGGUGGUGGAACCUCUUUGUCAAGUACAAUCUUCCAUACAACCCUGAAUUUCUAGAAGGAGGAGUUGGCCAUAUUGAAAUGUUAUUUCGCUGCAACUAUUUAGCUUUAGUUGGUGGUGGAAAAAAGCCGAAAUACCCUCCGAACAAAGUGAUGAUCUGGGAUGACCUGAAGAAGAAGACUGUGAUUGAAAUAGAAUUUUCUACCGAAGUCAAGGCUGCCAAAUUACGGCGAGAUAGAAUUGUGGUUGUUUUGGACUCUAUGAUUAAGGUGUUUACAUUCACACACAAUCCUCAUCAGUUGCACGUCUUUGAAACCUGCUAUAACCCGAAAGGCCUCUGUGUCCUGUGCCCCAAUAGUAACAACUCACUCCUGGCCUUCCCGGGCACGCACACGGGCCAUGUGCAGCUCGUGGACCUGGCCAGCACCGAGAAGCCGCCAGUGGACAUUCCUGCCCAUGAGGGCGUCUUGAGCUGCAUUGCUCUCAACCUGCAGGGAACAAGAAUUGCGACCGCGUCUGAGAAAGGGACCCUUAUACGAAUAUUUGAUACUUCAUCAGGGCAUUUAAUCCAGGAACUACGAAGAGGAUCUCAAGCAGCUAAUAUUUAUUGCAUUAACUUCAAUCAGGACGCUUCUCUCAUCUGUGUGUCCAGUGACCACGGCACAGUGCACAUUUUUGCAGCUGAAGAUCCAAAAAGGAAUAAACAAUCAAGUUUGGCAUCAGCCAGUUUCCUUCCAAAAUACUUCAGUUCCAAGUGGAGUUUUUCCAAGUUUCAGGUUCCCUCAGGCUCUCCAUGCAUUUGUGCCUUUGGAACAGAGCCAAAUGCUGUCAUUGCGAUCUGUGCGGACGGCAGCUACUACAAGUUCCUGUUCAACCCCAAGGGGGAGUGCGUCCGGGACGUGUAUGCGCAGUUCCUGGAGAUGACCGACGACAAGCUGUGACCCUCCACCAGGAGUGCGAGCACCACGGGCCCUGGGUGCCCAGCGGCCCCUCGAGCUCCUGGGACUGGUGGUGAUGGGCUGGGGGGAUGGCCUGGGACCUUGUUGCGAAGCCAUACGUGUCGUCUGUUUUCCGAAGCCAGACCUCCCGAGUCCAGUGUUAAAGGAAGAAUCUUCAGGGCACAUGGACACUCACGCCCAACUGCUGGCUUCACCUUUCGUUCAGCCGUGACGCUUGCUUCAUUGGUUCUGCCGCAUCCGCCACCUGCUGUUGGGGCUCCGGACAAACUGGGGUCACGUUGAAAAAAGGAGGGACAAAGUGAAAUUUGGUUGUGGCAACAGAUUUCAUCAUUUUUACUGAGUCUUUAACGGGGAGGUGAACACACGUGUAAGUGUUGGUUCUCACCAGAUUUAAGUGGAACAAUCAUACCGGCAGCCUUAGGAAAGGAGGAAGGAAGCCCUUCUCCCAUCUAAACUGAAGAAAGAGGGCAUAGGUCUGGCGUCUCCCUCAAGAGCCGCGUGUCGUGCGUCCCUGUCUUUUUGGAGCCAUUGGAACUGAGGCAGCACCACGCCCACCCUGUGAGCAGUGCCUGUGGCCUCCUGGUGAAACUCUGGGUCAAAGGGAGUUUCCCUGUUACGUGUAGGUAACAGAGUAACAGCAUAGACUUUAAAACUUAGUCAUAGAAGAAAGCGUCACUUAAUUUGGAGGAUACGAAGGGAAACGGGCGUCUCAACGAAGCAGUGCCCGGUUUCUGUGGGCCUGGAGAGGAUGUCUCGGCCAGCCGAUUCCACCUCCCUUUCUCACCAUCUUCUCUCCCCAUUUUUAAGACUAGCUGCACACUAACAUUCUGAGAAUGAGAGGCACAUACUUUUUUUAACGUUUGGUAACUAAAAUAGGUUAUGGGCUCUAUAUUAUUAGUAGUACUUGGGGUAUAUAUUUAAUUUUCUUAAAUUCCCUUAAAACUUAAUUUUAUGUUUUGAUUUCAGGUUGCAAACAUUAAAAUCUGCAGCAGCAAAUUCUCAGUUUUGCCAGUUCUUUUACUGUCAUGUAAUCAACUAACUUUGUCUGUGGAUUUCAAUGUGAAGUAUGCAUGUUACUUUUAUGUGUGUUUAAUCAUGAAAUUUAAUUUUGCACACUUAUUUGUAUUGUUUCUUUUAAAUAAAAAUGACUAAUUUUGUUGUACUCUGUACCCAUCAAGGGAAAAGAAUUGUAUGUUACAAAACCAAAGCCCCAGCUUUAGAACCUCGCUGGACUGCAGGCUGUAGGAGUGGCCCAGUGCACUUGGUGCCUAAACUGUCCAGGACUGCGUGGGGGCCGGGUGGACGCCCCGCUGCCCGUGUGGGUGGUGGCCUGGCUCGGGGAGCAGAGGGGAAGAGAGUGAUGUUCACUAGCGGUUUCCGUCGUCUCUGGUGGGGAAGCUCUGCCUGAAAUCCCUUUGGGGGACACUCCCUUUGGGGGAGACACCAGCGUGGUGUCGGGUCACCCGUCAGUGUCCGUCUAACACUAGCCCUAACUUUGGGCCCAGGAGUAGGAGGGGUCCUUCACAUUUAUAUCAUUAGUAGUUUAUAUUUUCCCCGAAUAUAAUCCCUUUAGUGUAUCCAAAUGUACAUUAAACCAGGAAAAAAGUUCCUCCUCACGGUGUGUGGAGGUGCUGCAGGCUGGUGAGAGCUGGGCUGAGUGAGGAGCCAGGGAGAGGCUGUACCCAGGACGACCCGGAAUGUUCUGGCACCUCCAUUAAGAGUCCACAGUGUGGGAGCAGGUCCUGGCUCUGCCACGCCGGGCACAACCUUGCCUGCUUUAUAAAAUGACAGAACAGGGACAUCCUGGGUGGUGUGGAUGACCACUACCAAGGGGCUCUGGUUUGUCUUCUCGGGGUUUCCCUUCGCGAUGGUAAAGACACCACGUCUCACCUGGGAAAUGCCCUGGACGAGGCUUCCAGAGAGCAGGGUGAGGUCUGGAAGGCUGAGGCGGCCAGGCACCAUCCGCCCUCCCCAGGCCUGUGCGCGUGGCCUCGCUUUACCCUCGGGGACGUGGUGGGAAGAGCCAUCCCUGGCGAGCAGGCUGUCGGGUGAACCUUCCUCGGUUUAUUUAGGACAGCAGCAGACUUGGUUUUUCAAAUUGAUAACCACUGUUUGUCGCCUUAUUUAGAGAAAGGGGGUUGCUCUAAGCCAGCGCCGCCUACAAUUCCUCCCUCAGCUGAGUCCUGCCGGCCCCUGAAUGUGGGUACAGAGGGACACAGACGUAAAAGUCCUGCGUCCAGGGCUUCCACAAGCCCCACUUGGUGGCUGGGCUGGACAGGCCUGGUUUGUUUCUCCCCCAAGUGUCCAUGUGAAUGAACAUCCAGGAACCACCUCACGGGGCCCUGCUCACUGGGCUCUCCUGCCUGCUCUCCAGGCCAUGGACGGGGAGGGCUUUGGUGUCUCAGGUGGGGACAGAGCUCUCUGCGCCCUGCAGCCUCCACCCCCUCCCCCCUGCCCCUGGCUCCUCUGUCCCUUGAGUCCUCAGUGGCAGUGCCCCUGCUCACUGCGGCCUGGAGGGCGAGGCCCGCUCCCCUCCUUACUCUGCUUGUGAGACCAAAGCUUCUCAUGUUUGCAUUUCUUUUUCUGCAACCAAACCAAACUUCUAGAUGAUUUCACACAACUUUGUCCCUGGCCUCUUUCCUUUCUUUCUGUAAGAGGCAUUUGAGCAAUUACAAUACUUUUGGAACUUGUGCUGAAAUUUUCCUCUUCAAAAUGGAUCAGAAAAUACUUAUCAAAAUACAAAAUGUUCAUUGUAAGAAAAGAACAUAUAGAAGAAUGUAAAGUUGGAAUGAAAAUCGCCCUGAGUUGCCAUAUCCAGAGAAGACUACUCUCGGAAAGCCCACGCCUUCUAGGGUGAAGUCUGUAAUUCUCAGCAGCAUUAUAGGGACCAUUCUUUAACUUUUCACAACUCGUGAACAUGUCAAAACAUACUGUAAUUGCCCGAAGAUGCCUAUUUGUAUUUUUUGCUUUUAUAAACGUUUUGGAAAUGGAAAUCCUUGUGCAUACAUGUUUACACACUUGUCCACCUAUUUCUUUGAAUAGAACUGGAAUUGCCAAGCCAGAGGAUCUGCACGUAUAAGAUUUAGUAUGUUUGCCACCUUGCCUGCCAUGAUUCUGUCAGCUUCAACAGCCAACACCUCACAUCCUCACCAGGACCAGGCUCUGAGCACGAGCUUUUUAAUCUUUGAUGGAGAAAAAAGAUCUCUGAUUUCUAGCCAGGUUGAACAUUUUGGAAUACCUUUGCUGGGCAUCCGUAAUUAUUUUGUAAAUUGCUUACUCAUGCCGUCGACUGUAUUUCUGUUGGUGUAUUUUGUCUUUUUUGUUUAUGAGAACUUUUGAAAUAAUCUCCCCUUGUCGUUUUUUUCACUUUGUGUUUAUUUCAGUUUGAGGGGUUUUACUUUGCUGUGUAUGUAUCUUAAAUUUUUACAUAGUCUGAUCUAUCAGCCUUUUUCCUUUAUGGUUUCUAGUAUUGGCUUGUGAUUAAAACAAAACAUUUUUCACUGGG